AUGGCCUCGCUGGAAAAGGCCUCCGUCGAAGAAGAGAUCGAGAAUGUUGCACGCGGCGUGCAGCAGGUCGACGAGAAGACAGCAAGCCAUCUGAAGGAGGAGCUACAAUCAUCGAAGCAAGGCGGAUACAUCCCAAACACCCCAGAAGAGAAGAAAGUCUCGCGCGCCCUGAACCGAAAAUUCGACCUGUGCAUCCUACCCUUCUGUGUCCUCAUCUACAUGUUCAAUGGCCUAGAUCGAAGCAACCUAGGAAACGCGCAAACCGAUGGCUUCACAACGGACUUGCACAUGAGUCCUAGCGCAAUCAAUACCGCGACGAGUCUCUUCUUCUGCACAUUCGUCCCGCUGCAGCCAUUGAGCGUCAUCCUGGGCAAGAAAGUCGGCCAGUCGACCUAUCUCGGCAUCAUCGGGCUAGGCUGGGGCAUCCUCACGCUCUCGCACGCGUGGGUUAAGACAGAAGCGCAGCUCAUCGCCGUCCGCCUCCUGAUCGGUAUCUUCGAAUCCGGCUUCUAUCCCACCUGCGUGUCCUACCUUUCCCUCUUCUACCCCCGCUUCGACCUCGCCUUCCGCAUCGCAAUCUUCUACGGCGCCUACGCGGUUGCUGGUGCAUUCGGCGGAUUAAUAGCAUACGGCUGCUUCCAAAUCGAUGGCCACCUCCACGGCUGGCAGUACCUCUUCAUCGUCGAGGGCGCCGCCACCAUCGCCGUCGCGCUCGCAACCCCCUUCUGGCUCGCCAAAAGCCCGGGCGAAUCGUGGUUUCUCUCCCCUUCAGAGCGGGCCUUCGCCGACAGACGCAUGGUCCUCGACUCCGCGGCAAAUCUCGACUCGCGGUUUAAGCUCUCGAAGAAGGACGUCAAAGAAGCGAUUGUCGACUGGAAACUCUGGGCCGUGUUACCUUUUAAUGUACUAGCUAGCAUUGCGCCACAGGGCUUCACCAUCUUCAUGCCCAUCGUGAUAAAAGGAUUAGGGUACUCCGGACCGACGGCCAAUCUGAUGACCGUGCCGCCGUAUGUGGUGGGCGCCGUGCUACUGCUGCUCUUCGCGCAUAGCUCGGAUCACUUCCGGGAGAGAACGCUGCACAUCCUCGUGGGGAUCACGCUUGUACUUAUAGGCUUGAUCAUGGCGUUCAGCUUACCUCUUACCAAUCCGUCCGCCCGCUAUGGCGGUAUCAUAGUCCUUCUUUCAGGCACGUUCAUCGCGGCGCCUAUCACCGUCGCGUGGCUGUCUGGGAACACGCCUGAGCCUGGGAAGCGUGCGAUUGUGCUGGGUAUCAAUGGGUGGGGCAAUCUGGGUGGGAUUAUUGGUUCUGAACUGUUCCUUGCGAAGUACGGACCUAAUUACAUCUGGCCGCUGAAAGUAACGACUGGCCUUAUCGCGGUGGCGUUCGUCGGCUACGCGUGCUAUUAUUUCGAGUUGAAGGCGUGGAAUAAGUAUAAAGCGAGGAAGAUCGCGGGUAUGAGCGCAGAGGAGAUCGAAGCGGAGAAUACGAACGAGGUGAGGUACGCGGAUAAGAAGUGGACGUUUGUGUAUGGGGUGUGA